AUAGAAACUCGACUCUCGACCACAUUCAAAUAAUCUCACUUCAAAAGAAUUACAGAAACAAUGAUCAACACAGAGGAAAACUAUGCAAAUACACCCGAAUGUUUAGAGAAAUAAACAAAUGAUGUGACGUGCUGAAUGACGGAUGAGAGCACCGAAUAAUCACACUGCAGACAGAAACAUCAGACUGAGGACAGAAACACACCACCUCUGAGAAAUGGCUCAGACUCUAUAUUUCCCUCUUCUCCUCAUUGCUGUCUGCUCCAUAUCUGAAUGUGUUCAGCGUCAGUAUCACUUUAUAAAUGAGAAUAAGACCUGGACUGAUGCUCAGAGAUACUGCAGAGAGAAAUACACAGAUCUGGCCACUGUUGACAACAUGAACGACAUGAUCCAGCUGAACAAGAGUGUGAAAGUGAAUGAUAAAGGUGUCUGGAUUGGUCUGCAGGGUACAAGGGCUUAUAAUUGGCAUUGGUCUUCCGGUGAUCCUGUGCUCUUUCUGAACUGGGCAUCUGGACAACCAUACAGUGGUAAUAAUUGUACUGUUAUAAAAAAUGGAAAGUGGUUUGUUGGGGCAUGUAAUGCCACUUGGACUUUCAUCUGCUACAACAUGAGCAGAGGACUGGUGUUUGUCAAUCAGAGGAUGAAGUGGAGAGACGCUCAGAGUUACUGCAGACAGAAUCACACUGAUCUGGUCAGUGUGAGGAACCAGAAUGAGAGUCAACAACUGGAGAAGUUCAUUAAUGACAGUCAGACAUUUGGAUCUGAAAUCUGGAUCGGUCUGUUCAGAGACAUUUGGCAGUGGUCAGAUCAGAGCAACUCCUCAUUCAGAUACUGGAAAACUGGUGCACCUCAAGCUCCAGAUGAUCAACGCUGUGCAGCAGUUGAACAGUACUCUUGUGGACAAUGGGGUGACUACUUGUGUAGUGGUAAAUGGCAGCUUCCUUUUGUGUGUCAUGAAGAUAAACUGAUUGUGAUCCAGCAGAAUCUGUCGUGGUCUGAAGCUCUGAGAUACUGCAGACAGCAUCAUGUGGAUCUGGUCUCGGUUCAGUCAGUGGAGAUGCAGUAUAAGGUGAUGAACGUGGUUAAACUGGCAUCUACUGAGGCGGUGUGGUUGGGUUUACGUCACUCCUGUGCUUUGGGCAUCUGGUUCUGGGUGAGUGGACAGACCGUGUGCUAUCAGAACUGGGCUCCAGGGAACGGCACAUCAGAGGAGGACUGUGAGCCCACAGUGAGAUCUGGAGCAGUUCAGUCUGGAGGAGAUCAGUCCUGGAUCAGCCGUCCUGAAACUCACAAACUCAACUUCAUCUGCAGAAACUACUGAGAGUGAAGAAGUAAGAUGAUGAGUGUGUUCAUUUUUCAUUCAUCAUUGGAUUGUGAAAUAAUUAUUUUACAUAAAAUAAUCAACUUCAAUAAUCAUUGAUGCCUUAUGCUGGGUUCACAGCAAGUGUGAAGGAUUGCGUCACUGUCACUCACAAUGUGCAGAAGAAUAGACUUUGUAUAGCGUAAUAGACUUUGCAUUUAAU